AUGAGAAGACAUCAUGCAUGAUUUUUACCAGCGCCAGCAAUAAAUACGCCUGCGUCUGGUCUCGCUUCUCCCAUCUCCCCCCAUUCCGGCCGUGUUGCAGACAGACACUGAUACCACCUCGUCGUCCACAAUGCAACUCACAAGUCUUGUCAUCGCUCUCCUGUUCGCGUGCGCAGCCGUCGCAAGUCCCUUGCCUGCAGACAGUGAUUCACUGCGUAUGGUCCGUUCGCCCGCUGAAGACAGGCGGGGAAGUGGCGGCUCCGGCGGAGCAGAUUGGAAAAGAGGCACCCCAAAUUAGCAAGCUGACUGGUGAGGAAUCGCCUCUCCAGUUGGCGUGUGCGAGGCUGGCCCUCCUCUCCAUUUUCGCUUGUUUAUUCUCGCGCGGGCAACAUCCCUCAUAUUCGGAUGCACUACUUAUCAUAUCAUCGGCCUCAAAAACGGGGUUCUUUGCUCGACCCAUCCAAAUCAUAUCAAAUCUUCCAAUUCCCCCUCCCCCUUCAUCUACAACACUCAUACCGGGGCUUAAUGCGGGUCGGUGGGGUGACGACCGGCGUUUCGUUGGUCUGCUGCAUUUUGUUCCUUUUACCUUUUUAUACGCUUCUCUUUUGUACUCAAACUCGCCACAACCACCAUGCGAACGUGAUCCUUUUACAACCCAAUCGGGGGAAAAGAGAAAAAAGUAACCUGGUUUUAACGGACAUGCAUCUCUUGUUCGCUCUCACAUUCUUUGCUUUUUGAGCAUUUAGCUACAUUUUCUUUUUUUUUUGCAUUUACAUAGGUGUAACUGUUGGGAAUCGGGCGACGCUGUAAUUUCCACCAGUUGUGAAAAUAAUGGGACAAACGAUAAUUGGAUCGAUC